AUGACGGAGACUGUAGACUACCAUGCGCUGUCAGAGCAGAAUACAAUCUUGGGGCAUCGUGCUCAGCGGCCUAGUGGUUCUACUGAUGAAGCUAUGAUGGAUCUAUUAGAUCUUGAAGAUGAUUCGGUGAUUUCUUUACCUCGUGGCACCCCCAAACCACUUCCAACUGCUUUUUUAGGAUCUGGUUACGGCCGCAAUUCGUACUUCACAUGGCGUUUGCGCAUGAGCACGUUGUUAGUUGCAACGCUUGGUACAGCAGGCAUUGUAACUUUCUGGACAUCCAAUGAUAUUGGACAUGGAGGCGUUUUCGUACGCGAUGUGGGCUAUGCUCUGGCUUUCCAUCGCACUAAAACUACUGCAUGUAUUGCAGGUACAGAUUAUUGUGGAGCAUGUGAUACAAUUGUUGUGUAUGCCAUGCUCGUGUAUCACGUAGCACCGCUGCUGGUUAUUAUUGGUCUUCCUGCAUCUGGAUUGCGAAUAUUUGAGCCAUUUCAAAGACGUCGAGACCUUGAUGGAGGUGGACGUCAAAAGAUUCAACGCUCCGUCUUUUUCCAAGGUUGUGAACUCUUAAGUGUCGUCGUAUUGGUCUUUAGUCUAUUGGUGAUCUUGUACUAUGUCUAUGCCCUAUUUCAAGGCAAUAACUUUUAUUGUAAACAAGUUCGUGCGAUUCUAUACGUGACGUUUGCCGUGGGGACAUUUUUCGCGAAUUUUGUAGUACUGACGUACUUUGCACGAUUUCGAGAACAUCUAAGUAUGCAGCUAGGAGCGUUUAAAGAAACGGAUCAGACUGGUGGCAUCCGGUCACGACUACAACGUCGACAUAAAUACAAGUCGGAGCGUGCACGUGUAAUAAAUGAUUUGCGAAAACAUUUGUAUAAGGAAACUUCACUUGGAAAUUUACACAAAAUUGAGACGCUUCUUCAGUACGCCAAGGAGCGUCUUGGUACAGAGUUUGCGCAUGAAAUGUACAACGAUGCCAAGUUAGUGUGUAAACUCUUUGGUCGCUCAAAAAAGAAUCCCCUACAUGUGGCUGCUUAUUUAGGAAAUACUCAAGCAUUGCAGCUCUUUGUAGAGGCUGGAUUUCGAAUUGAUAGUUAUGAUAAAGUAUCUCGUGUUCGCUUUACGACAGGUGAUCUCUUUUGGACAUUUGCACAAAUUUUUGUAUCAAAACCUUAUACCAUUGAAGAUGAAAUGGCUGCAUCGAUAUUUCGUACGACACUUGUGACACCACUACACUGUGCUGUAAGUACAGGACAGAUUCAAGCUGUUCAAUGGCUGAUCGAACACAAAGCAAAUGUAAAUUUGAAAUCCCGAGCUUCAUACUGGUCAGAUCGACUCCCACCUCUCUUUGUAGCGGAUAAUCCAGACAUAGUGACAUUAUUACUUGAAGCAGGUGCCAAUCAUCUUGAAGUGCCUGAUCCAGGUCAUAUGAACACCCUUACAGUAUUACAAAUGGCCUAUAUGCGUGGUAACUUUCCCGUGGCUCACGAAUUGGAGCAAUGGGGUGCAGAUGUUGCACUCACGCCUUUACACGAAGCAGCAGCUAAAGAUAAUACCACACUUAUCAAAAAACUUUUAAAAACCGGAGCAGAUCCGAAUUGCGUGGGAGAAUAUGGAUACACUGGCAUGCACCGUCGUACACCAUUACAUUGGGCCGCGAUCACUGGUGCCACGAAUGCUGUUAGUAUGUUACUUGAAGCUGGCGCGGAUCCGGAUUUUCAGGAUAUCUUUGGUCGAUCUCCUUUACAUUGGGCUGCACGAGUGAACAAACCAAAAGUUGUUGAACUGUUAUUAUCUAAAGGUGCCGAUGUAAAGCUGCGCGAUUAUCGUGCCCAUACUCCAUUGUUAUGUGCUGCUUCGUGUAAAAAUGUAACAGCUGGACUGUUUGAUUGUUUGGUCGAACAUGGUGCAGAUAUUGAUGAUCGGUUGCCCAAUGGAGAUACUGCACUUCAUAUUGCUAUGAAGUGUGAGCAGAAGGGUACAGCAUUAGCUCUUUUGGACUCAGGAGCUGAUGUCAUGGAGACAAAUCGAGAUGGUUAUCGUCCUGUUGACUGCACGACGUCCACCCAACUUCAAUUUGAAAUUAAACAAGCAGCUGGAGACCGUGAUGUGAUGAUCAGUUAUACGCAUUCACACAGUAUGUUUGCCUUGAAAAUUCGUGAUCAUUUAGAACGUGCGAAUAUUACGUCGUGGCUCGAUCUUAUGGAUCCUACUGGCAUUGGAGGUGGAUCAGUCUGGCGCGAAGAGAUUGCACGUGGCAUUAAGAAUGCUGAAGUGGUGGUUUGUCUAUAUACUGAAGAUUAUCCGGUUUCCGAAUGGUGUUUGAAGGAAUUAGCUCUAGCGAAACAACUUGGCAAACCAAUUAUCGCAGUGUCAACUGAGAAUGCUAAAGUGACAGAUGAGAUGCAAGUGUACAUUUAUACGCGUCAAAUCAUUCCGUUUGAAUCAGCAAUUACAAAAAUUGACAACUCGAACAAGCGAAAAAUAGUGUACGACUACGAUGAAACGUUAUUUGCUGGUCAAUUUCGUUUGUUACUGGAUGGUGUGCGUGAUGAGAUUGAAAAACAACGGGAAGCCAAAUUUCAUGGAGAAAAUCGGCGUCAUUUAGCUAACGGAACGAGUGUAACAGGAUUCGCUGAUAAUAUAUCGGAUUGGAAUGCUGCGACUUUAGAUAAUAUUCAAUUUGCUUUUGUAUCACAUGGAGAUCAUCAUCAUAGUUUUGUCAAACGAUUACAUGAUCGAUUGAACGAUAAUCAAGUUCGGUGUUUACUAGAUGGCACACAAACGUACGCAGAUAUGACCGAGCGGAUCCAUGCUGCAAAAGAGGCGAUAUUGAAGUGUGACGUGUUUAUUGUCAUUCUUUCACGAAAAACUGUUAAUAGUGAGCUUGUAAAAGACCAGCUAGCGUUUGCUGAAGAUAAAGGGAAACCAAUAUUACCCGUCAUGUUGAAUGAUAUGGAGAUUCCAUUGGAUAAACACUAUACACUCUCAAGACUUGAGCUCUUACAUUUCACGCCGGAAUUGGGCUUCAAUUCGAGUUUUAUGCAGCUGUUUAAUCGCGUUCGGGACAGUAUGACACCUUCAAACGCAUCAUUUAUUAAACCACGAACUUCAGCCCGUACAAACUUUCGUGCUGUUGCCCGAAUGACGGCAAUGGGACAUGGACGCCAAAAUACAAAUUUGGCUGUCACAAAUGCUGCUCGUGCUUUUUUGGGACGUCCUCGACUAUCAGAAGCUUCGGUGACUCUCGUUUGA